CCACGUGUGGCUGGGCGAAGAUGGCGUCUCCCAUGGCAGGUCAGGCCGGCUGCGCGUUGCGAGGGUUGGCCGCGCUGAGAGCGGCUCUGCUGCAGAGGCGGCGCAGUGCGGCUGUUCAAUUAACCCCUAGACGAUGGCUAAACCUGCAGGAAUACCAGAGUAAGAAAUUGAUGGCUGAUCAUGGGGUCACAGUUCAGAGAUUCUUCGUGGCUGACACUGCAAAUGAUGCUCUUGAGGCUGCUAAGAGACUAAAGGCUGCUGAAAUUGUGUUGAAGGCCCAGAUCUUAGCUGGAGGAAGAGGAAAGGGGGUUUUCAGCAGCGGGCUCAAAGGAGGUGUGCAUCUCACUAAGGACCCUAGUGUGGUAGGACAACUUGCUGAACAGAUGAUUGGAUACAAUCUCACAACUAAGCAAACACCAAAGGAUGGUGUUAAAGUUAAGAAGGUUAUGGUGGCAGAAGCACUGAAUAUUUCAAGAGAAACUUAUUUUGCAAUAUUAAUGGAUAGAGCUUGCAAUGGACCUGUUCUGGUUGGCAGCCCAGAAGGUGGGGUUGACAUUGAAGAAGUGGCAGCUAAAAGCCCAGAGCUCAUCUUCAAGGAGGAAAUAGAUAUUUUUGAAGGUGUGCGAGAUACACAAGCGCUCAAGAUGGCUGAAAAUCUAGGAUUCAAGGGACCUCUGCGACAGCAGGCUGCCGAUCAAAUUAAAAAGCUGUAUAAUCUUUUCCUGAAAAUUGAUGCCACUCAAGUUGAAGUGAAUCCCUUUGGUGAAACUCCAGAAGGACAAGUUGUAUGCUUUGAUGCCAAAAUAAACUUUGAUGACAAUGCUGAGUUCAGGCAAAAAGACAUAUUUGCCAUGGAUGACAAAUCUGAGAAUGAACCUAUAGAAAAUGAAGCUGCCCAAUAUGACUUGAAGUACAUAGGCCUGGAUGGAAAUAUUGCAUGUUUUGUCAAUGGCGCUGGGCUUGCUAUGGCAACCUGUGAUAUAAUUUCCCUUAAUGGUGGAAAGCCUGCCAAUUUCCUGGAUCUAGGUGGAGGCGUGAAGGAAGCACAAGUAUAUCAAGCAUUCAAAUUGCUCACUGCCGAUCCCAAGGUGGAAGCAAUUCUAGUCAAUAUCUUUGGUGGGAUUGUCAACUGUGCCAUUGUAGCCAACGGUAUCACUAAAGCUUGCCAGGAGCUUGAAUUGAAGGUGCCUCUGGUGGUCAGACUGGAAGGUACAAAUGUUCAUGAAGCCCACCGCAUUCUAAGUGAAAGUGGACUGCCAAUAACUUCAGCAAGUGACCUUGAAGAUGCUGCUAGGAAAGCAGUUGCUAGUGUGACAAAGAAAUAAAGGCACUGCCAACAAAGAGAUCUCCAAUUCACAACAGAUGACAUUCCCAGUGUUGCCUCAAAUUAUAUAUUUAGGAUUCUUUUUUUUCCCAACCAUAAGUAAGGUUAGACUUCACCUGUCUGUCAUAUACUGAAUUUACAAACUGUUCAAUGUGUUGAAGUUCAGAUCUGUUUUAGUACUGAAGCCACAGGUCCUGUUCUUUUCAAAUUAUUCCAACUGGUCUGUGAGCAGCUGUACUAACGAGUAACUACGGAUGUCACCAUUCAGGUUUCUUGUGUAAUAUUGUUCUUGAACUUCUAAUUUUUCCAAGAUACUUUGUAUAUCUUUAUUAUCCAAACACUAGCAAAAGGCUAACAGUUCAGACAUGUCAAUAAUUGGACCAGGAUCUAAAGAACUGUACCAUUAGUUCCAGGCACCCAAGGGGGAUAUGGCCUUGUGUUUUUUCGAGGGCCCUUUAGCAUGAUGCCUGCGGUGGACCACUCUCUCUGAUUAGUCCACAGCUUUGCCCCUGCCCUACUCCUUUAACCUCUCCCUUUGGGUCUAACCCUCUCUGCCAUCCAGAGUGAGAUAGUGAGAUAAAUGGUCUCUCAGAUGGAGCCAGCAAGUACAUGACAGCUGCAAACAAGAGAAAUUAUGAGUCACGGCAAAGUGCUGUACAAUGCCAGCUCCUGACACAGGCCCUAGACAUGAGGCCUUCUGCUUGAAAGGGAACAGGCCACAGUCCUACUGAGUGUGUCCGCUGUCCUGGAUAUGCCAGAAGCAGCUCUUUGGAUCCCAACCAGUACGUUUUUUUAUGAACUUUUCAAAUUGUUCCAAUUAUGUCAUUUGAGCCAAAUCAAUGGGAAUGGUUUGUUUGUUUUUUUCAUUUUGAAAAUGUGCUUGUUUCACACAUGCCUUAAUGAAAUGGUUGUGCUUUGAUGCUCAGUAUAUACCUCACACCCCAUGAAAAAUAGAAAGUGUGGAAACAUCUCGUUUAUAUGCUAUACUAUGAAUGAAUGAGUUUCAAAUCAUGUGAAUACUUUUCAGCAUUGAAGGGGAAACAUACUACAUCCUCAUGUGGUAGUGCCAUGUGUCCAGUAACUGACUAUAAGCUUCUGGAAUCAAUGUGCGUAGUAGUAAAAUUGCCGUUCAUAGCAAAAUGAAGAAUAAAUAUUCUUUAGGGUGAAUCCUGUAAUGCAAAAAAGGAAAGUUAAAUGAAAAAAUGAGGUAUGAUCUAGCUAAAGAUAAGCACCAUCUAAUUUCCAUUGACUUCAGUGGAAAUGUUUCAAGCGUGUACUUUACACUCAGUUUGAAGGUUUUUGAACAGAAAAGUACUUAAUGUCGACUUGAUUGUGCUUUUAUUGUGUGAAAAACAUGCAUGCAAAAAAAGUUUCACCAUGAAAGAAAUUUAUAGAAAUCAAAGAUUUGACUCCAGUAGGCCACUUUGUUGUAGAUGUUGGUUAUUUGCACGAAUUAUCCAAUCAGGAAAUAGAGAUAUAAGCAACAUGGUACCACUGACACAAACCAGAAAUUAGGUUUGGAAUCUUUUUCAAUAAUAUUCGGUAAAGAUGUGAAAACUUUGUAAUUUAAUAAAGAUGAAAUUUAUCUAAUAAAUUGCUAAUUGUUAAGUC